AUGGGAAAGACCUCAAAGACCGGCAAGGGUAAAGCACCCGAUCACGAUGACAGUAAGAAGCGAAAGAGGACCGAGAAGAAUAAGGCGGAUGACGUAACGAAGGAAGGUGGUCUCUCAUUAUUUAAGGAAGUGAAGAAUUCAGAUUUAGACGAUGUCUUCGCUAAGAGUACGUCCUUUGCUCAAGCUGCUUCACCUGCACCAGUAGCUAGUAGCUCAAAGAUUACCGCGGAACCAGAGUCCGCUCGACCUGCUCAAAAGAAGAGCAAGAAGGAGGCAACGCCCGAGGCUGAGGAGGAAGAGGAGGAAGCUGCCGGUCCAGCAGAACCAGAUUCGUCCGAUGAUGAAGUAGUAGACCAAGCAGCUCAGCCUGUUGAGGAUGAUGAGGAUGAGGAUGAGGAAGAGGAAGAGGAAGAGGAAGAGGAAGAAGUCUCCGAUGCUGAUAGCGAAGAUAUGGUCCACGAAGCUUUAAAAGCCAAGGCCGAGAAGAAGGCUAAGAAAGGAAAGACACUUGGGAAAUACGUGCCACCAGGAGAAACCCAAGUGGACAAAGACAGAAGGACAGUGUUCAUCGGGCACUUACCUCUGGAAUGUGUCAAGUCAAAGUCCGCACUCCACCAAUUGCAACAACACCUUAUCUCCUUUGUCCCUACUGCCAAGAUCGAAUCAGUCAGAUUCCGUUCCGUUCCAUUCGCUGCUCCUACCUCUUCUCUACCCACCGACGAUCCAGAGAAAGAUGCCACUCAACGAGCCAAGAGAGAGAAGGAACGUGCGGCAACUUGGAGAGCUCAACUCGAGGAUCCCGAAGCUCCUGUCACUCGAAGGAAGCAACUUGCUGAUGAGGAGUGGGAGCAAGGGAAGAUAUUCUUAGACUCAAAAGGAAAGCGAAAGGUCGCAUUUAUCAAGAAGGACUUUCACUCUGAACUUGCUUCGUGUAAUGCCUAUGUGGUUUUUGCUCAUCCUCAUCCCGAACGAUCAUCAAACGUCGCUCCUAUCCUUGACCCGUUCGAAGCUGCUACAGCAGUACUAGCGGCAAACGCCAGUACAUUUUUAGGUCGAACCAUCCGAGUGGAUUCUCUUCGUCUGCCAUCUGCUGUAGGAUUGAAAUCAGCAGGUAACGCUCUCGCGAAACGAGAUGCAUGGUUGCCGAGCGGUACAGAUCCAAAGAAAAGUUUAUUUGUCGGUGGAUUGGAUUAUGCAUCAAAAGAUGAGGAUGUUAGAGUGUUUUUCGAAGAACUGGUCAAAGCUGAACGGGGUCCAGCCGAGGAUAAAUGGGUUACUGGAGUUCGUAUUGUAAGAGAUAAUGAAACUCAAUUGGGUAAAGGAUUUGGUUAUGUCCACUUUGCCGAUCGAGAAAGUGUCGACGAGAUACUUGCACUUGAUUCCCAGAAAAUCAAAUUCGCUAAACGAUAUCUUCGUGUUCAACCUUGUAAAACUCUUCCAACCAAUAAAACACUAAACAAUACCAUAAAAUCCAUCGCAUCUUCCGCUACUUCCACUUCUUUCAAAACCGAUAAGAAAGCAGCCAAACCUAAAUCAUAUUCUAGAUCAGGUCCUGUACCUAAAGGUGAUCCUAAACUAGGAGAGAAGAUCAAAGAUCUUUCGAAAGAUGAAAGGAAAGUGUUCAAAAGUUCAGAUGCGGAUAGACAAGCUCGUCGAUUAGCCAAAAAGAAAGCUAAACAUACUUUGGAGAAGAACGAAAGAGGUGCUGUGAAAUUAAGCAUGUCCAAAGCAGAAAGAGAGAGAGGUAAAAACGCAAAACCUAAAGCUAAGAAAGGAAAGAUCAGAGCUCCAAGUGCCAUUGCUAAGAUGAAGGGGUCUAGGGCAUAG